AUGUUCAUAUCGAUUUUUAAAUCAGAAGUUUACCACAAAUUGCGUCCGGAGUCCCAAUCGAAGGAAUUGCUUUUCCACUUUAAUUAUGGACAAAGCUUCUUCCUUUACGUGAUUGGAUUUGUUGUUGUUGAACUGUCAGGUAUUUUAAACGUCUGUCUAUUCAAUAAACUUCAGAAGCAAACCCAGCAAAGCCAGCUCAAUAAUUAUGUGAAAGUCGGUGUCGCCAAAUCGGAAUCAUCAGCAGCACCCAAAAUGUGCCAACAUCGUGUAGCCUUUCCGUCAAUUGUAGAGAAC